ACACACUGACAGUGGCGCUCGUUGACUGACUGCAGGCUGGAAACACACGCGUGUGAGUGCCAUGCCGAACAAAACCAAGAAAGACAAGGAUUCACCAAAAUCUGCAAGAGUGAGUAAAACAGGAGGGCAGGAGAACUCGGAGCAUGAGGGCUCGAAUAAGAAGGGCGCUAACAGCGUCCCACCCGCCACACAGCUGCUGAAGAGCAAAGCGGCCGGAUCUCAGACGCCGCUGAAGAAGGAGAAGAGGCCGAGCUCGUCUCGAUUCAGUCUGAGCAACAACCGAGAGCUGCAGAAACUGCCUGCGUUCAAAGAUGUUCCUCCGGCCGAGCAGGAGAAGUUAUUCCUGCAGAAGCUGCGUCAGUGCUGCGUGCUAUUCGACUUCGUCUCCGACCCGUUGAGCGACCUGAAGUGGAAGGAGGUGAAGCGGGCGGCGCUCAGCGAGAUGGUGGAGUACAUCACUCACAACAGGAGCGUCAUCACCGAGCCCAUCUAUCCUGAGGUGGUGCAUGUGUUUGCAGUCAACAUGUUUAGGGCGUUACCGCCAUCAUCCAACCCAACCGGCGCAGAGUUUGACCCCGAGGAGGAUGAACCCACAUUAGAAGCGGCCUGGCCUCACCUGCAGACAAACGUUUGGUUCAUCUAUGAAACAGAGCAUCAUAACGGAAUAGCCGAACUACUGGAAAUAUUAGGAAGCAUCAUUAACGGCUUCGCCUUACCGCUGAAAGAAGAGCACAAAAUCUUCCUUUUAAAAGUGUUGUUACCUCUGCAUAAAGUCAAGUCCCUCAGUGUUUAUCACCCACAGCUGGCUUACUGUGUGGUUCAGUUUCUAGAGAAGGACAGCACGCUCACUGAGCCGGUGGUGAUGGCUCUUCUGAAAUACUGGCCAAAGACUCACAGUCCAAAGGAGGUGAUGUUUCUGAACGAGCUGGAAGAGAUUCUGGACGUCAUCGAGCCGUCAGAGUUUGUUAAAGUCAUGGAGCCCUUAUUCAGACAGCUGGCCAAAUGCGUCUCCAGUCCACAUUUCCAGGUUGCGGAGCGAGCUCUCUACUACUGGAAUAACGAGUACAUCAUGAGUUUAAUCAGCGAUAACGCGGCGAGGAUCCUGCCCAUCAUGUUCCCCUCACUGUACCGAAACUCCAAAACCCACUGGAACAAGACGAUCCAUGGGCUGAUCUAUAACGCUCUGAAGCUCUUCAUGGAGAUGAAUCAGAAGCUCUUUGACGACUGCACACAGCAGUUCAGAGCCGAGAAGAACAAAGAAAAGGUGAAGUGGAAAGAGCGCGAGGAGGCGUGGAUAAAGAUCGAGAAUCUCGCCAAGUCAAACCCACAGUUUCUGAUGUACAUCGACUCCAGCAGCCUCAGCAGUCCGAUGGACAUGGAGACAGACGGGCCGAUCAUUGAAGAUGUCAUGAUGCUAAAGAAGACCGUAGAAGAAGAAGCCACUCAGCUCCACAGAGACCAGCGUAGAGAACGUCCCCUGAUGCGACGCAAGUCCGAGCUGCCUCAGGAUAACUCCACCAUGAAGGCCCUGGAGACGCACCGGCGUGCCGAGGAGAUGAUCGGUGCCCAGGAUGGCCACUAGAGGACCACAGAUGCUCGAAACCCAGUCCAGACCAGACCAGACCAGUCUCAGCCGGCGCCUUCAGCACAGAUGACCAGCGGCGGAGGAUGGCCCCGGUGUGACCCACAAACACACGAACCCAUUCUGUCCAGAACCGACCGCGCCGGAGCCCAUCCCACAUCCAGACCUCCUCGAUCCGCGCUAGUCCAGUCCCGACUCAUCCUCUUCUCCACUUUCGUUUGUCAGUUUCUCUCUGUUAAAGGGAUAGUUCACUCCAAAAUGAAAAUUCUGUCAUUAAUUACUCACCCUCAU